AUGUCGCACACUUGGGAAGUCCGCUUCAGCAACUCGCGCCAGCUCCCGUACUUUUUCAAUUCUGAAACACGUGUGUCUAUGUGGGAACUGCCGGAUGGCAUGUCGGAAGAACAGGCCCGGCAGCUCCCUGGCGGCCACUUGCUCGGCGAGGCAUCGCAGGCGCACCCUGCGCGGGUGCGCGCGAGCCACCUGCUCGUGAAGCACAAGGACAGUCGCCGGCCCAGUAGCUGGCGCGAGGCGCAGAUUACCCGCACGAAGGACGAGGCGAUUGCGCAGCUGCGCUCGUACCAGGACCAGCUGGGCGCCCAGCCUAGCGUCGAAGCGUUUGCGGAGCUGGCCAGCCAGUUCUCGUACGUACUUGCUACUGACAACAGCGACUGUUCGUCUGCGCGCUCCGGCGGCGACCUUGGUUCUUUUGGCCGCGGUCAGAUGCAGCGUCCGUUCGAGGACGCAACGUUUGCGCUGCCGGUAGGUCAAAUGAGCGGCGUCGUCGAAACUGAUAGCGGCGUUCAUCUCAUUCUGCGCACGGCCUAG